AUGUCGUCAACAUCCUCAAUAGAUAGCAAUAAACCAGCAACGUACCACGUCGAACAAACCGAAGUACACCACUAUCAAACCAACCAGACCACUCAAUCAUCCAUAUCGAGAAUCCACACACAUGGCGAAGGCAACGAAUUAGUCACCAUUGGAGGCCACACCUACUACCGCCACGAGUUGAUGUCGGCAUUUGGCGGAUCCUUAAACCCAGGAGCUGCACCGUUCCCCAAAUUCAACAUCAACCCCGCUCCAGUUGGAUUAUUUGCCUUUGGAGUAGGAUGUCUCCUCAUGGGGCUAUACAAUGCACGCGUCAUGGGUAUCACCAUCCCGGAAGUGGCCGUUUCCAUAGCUUGCUUCUACGGGGGGCUUUGUACGACGUUAGCCGGCUUGCUUGAGUUCUUCACCGGCAACACAUUUGCAUUCACAUUGUUGCUCUCGUAUGGAGGUUAUUGGUUCAGUUAUGCUGCGAUAUUCAUCCCGCAAUUUGGUAUUGCUGCUGCGUAUGCUGAAGAUCCGGUUCAAUUCCAGAAUGCCGUGGGAUUGUACUUGAUAGCAUGGACAAUCUGGACAUAUAUCGUCGUCCUGCUUCUUUUGAAAUCGACAUUGGGGUUUGUUCUCAUGUUUGUGUUUUUGGGAUUGACGUAUUUGGUCAUGGCGGUUUCGUUAUUUACUGAGAAUUUGACGGUUGCAAGAGCCGGUGGAAUCAUUGGGAUUAUAACGUCGGUUAUUGCAUUCUAUAAUGCGUUUGCCGGUGUUGCUACUCCAUUCAACUCGUAUUUCGUUCCAAAGGUUGUUAUGUUGCCCGAGGUAAGUUUUGGAAAGGGUAAGGAGUAG